GUAUAGCCGUUGCAUCUCCCACACGCUCCUGUUCUCUUUUUCUCUCCGUUUUGUGAUUCCACCUACUCUCUCUCUCUCUCUCUCUCUCUCUCUCUCUCUCUCUCUCGCAAAUCUUCAAUUUUUCAUCUCAAUUUCAAACCUUAUUGAAAUUCCCAAUUCACACUCCCCAAACCCUAACCGCUACCCGCUCCUUAAUUAUCGAUUUCCGUAGCUGCAAUUGACAAUCCUUGCCGCAAAAAUGACUGAAUUAGAUCCGUCUAAGAAAGUAGCUGAUAGGUAUCUCAAACGUGAGGUCCUUGGUGAAGGUACCUAUGGUGUCGUUUACAAAGCCAUUGAUACCCAGACGGGACAGACGGUUGCUAUUAAGAAGAUUAGGAUUGGCAAGCAGAAAGAAGGGGUGAAUUUUACGGCUCUUAGAGAAAUCAAAUUGCUUAAAGAGCUCAAUGAUCCAAAUAUAAUUGAGUUGAUUGAUUGCUUCCCACAUAAAGGGAAUUUGCAUCUUGUGUUUGAAUUCAUGGAGACAGACCUUGAAGCUGUCAUAAGAGACCGGAAUAUUUUCCUUUCACCGGGGGAUAUCAAGUCUUACCUUCAAAUGACGUUUAAAGGUCUUGCUCAUUGUCACAAAAAAUGGAUAUUGCAUAGGGAUAUGAAGCCUAAUAAUUUGUUGAUAGGACCUAAUGGACAGCUGAAACUUGCUGAUUUUGGUUUAGCACGGAUAUUUGGAAGCCCGGAUCGCAGGUUCACUCAUCAGGUGUUUGCACGGUGGUAUAGAGCACCUGAGCUAUUAUUUGGUACUAAGCAGUAUGGCCCAGGAGUUGAUGUUUGGGCUGCAGCCUGUAUAUUUGCUGAGCUUCUUCUUCGUCGGCCCUUUUUGCAGGGUUCAAGUGAUAUGGACCAAUUAGGAAAGAUUUUUGCAGCAUUUGGAACUCCAUCUCCUUCUCAGUGGUCUGAUAUGGUAUACCUUCCUGAUUAUGUCGAAUAUCAAUAUGUGCCUGCCCCUCCUCUGCGUUCUUUAUUUCCAAUGGCAAGUGAAGAUGCUUUAGACUUGUUGUCUAAGAUGUUUACAUAUGACCCAAAGGAACGAAUUUCGGUGCAGCAGGCAUUAGAACACAGAUACUUUACUUGUCCUCCUCCGCCCACAGAUCCAGAUAAGCUUCCAAGACCAGCCCCUAAGAAGGAAAUUAAGGAAUCAGAUUUGAAUCCACGUGAGGGUCCCACAGUCUUAUCACCUCCUAGAAAGACUAGGAGAGUAAUGCCAGGACGCGAUGGACUUGAAGGAAGUUCGUUGCAAGGAGACAAGGUUGAUGAUACUCAUUCUAACCGGGAACAGGCCGCUGGUGAUAAUAUAGGAAAAAGUGAUCCCGCACCAAUGUCACUUGAUUUUUCUAUCUUUGGAUUAAAACCUCCAAACAGACCAACAAUUAACAGUGCUGACAGAUCACAUUUAAAAAGAAAAUUAGAUCUAGAAUUCCAGUAACAAGAAUGAACAUUCUAUAUAUGACCGUGCACCAGUACAAGACGAUUGUUGCAAUGAAUAAGCUUUUAUUGUAUUUCUGUCAUUCCUUAUCUUUGUUGAUCUGCAUGAAGAAGCUGCUAUGAAUGUGUAGAGAUGUUUAAAUGAAGAAGUUGCUGUGCAAGCUGAUAAGCAUCUCGUUUCAGCAGCAGUUCAGUUCAGAGACCCAAAAUAACCUAUCAUAGAAGAAAAUGACACAGUAACCAUACUCUGUUGACCCUUUGUUCUCAAUUUGUGUUCUGUGUAAAAAAAAAAAAAAACUCGUGCAAGUACACGGAAGAAGGCAAUGCCGAGGGCAUUUUCUGUAGCCAUUGCUGUAUCUGACUUAUGAGGUGCAGUGUUUGGUGAAACCGAUUUUCGACAUUAAUUUGUUAUUCAUCAUAAGAGAAAUUAUUGUUUACACUUUGAGGGUAAAACAUGUACUUUUUGGCUGCUUCUGACAGGUUUUUGUUUACUGAACAAAAUAUUUUGAAAGAGAUGUUGCUUGAUUGAA